ACCUAACCAUCUCAUCGCCACCUUCUAUCAUCAGUACCGAUCUCUGAAUCUUCCUAUUUCUUCAAUUCCAAUCUUCCUCUAUUCAAAAAGGGAAGUCCCAAAUUUCGGUUUCUCAAUCUCCCAAGAAAAUCAAUCAUCUGAUCUCGUCUUUUGCCACUUCUUUAUUAAAAUUCCCCUUACUUGAAUUGAUUCCAGAAACGAAUAGGCACGAUAAGCUUCUUCUGUGAGUGGAGAAUCUGAGAGAGAGAGAGAGAGAGAGAGAGAGAGAGAGAGAGAGAGAGAGAGAGAUGGGUUUUGUUCUGGUGAUCUCCUUGCCAUUGAUUCUGUUUGCAAUCGUUCUGGGUUUCGGGUGUUAGAGAGAGAGAGAGAGAGAGAGAGAGAUGGGUUUUGUUCUGGUGAUCUCCUUGCCAUUGAUUCUGUUUGCAAUCGUUCUGGGUUUCGGGUGUUAUUUUCUUGGGAGAGCGAAGGGGAGGCAAGACGUGCGCACUUGCCCGCAGGUGUAUGGGGAGCCUGUCCCACCAAAGGGAGGUGUUGAAACUCUGCCUCCAACAAUUCAUGUCAAGCAAGAUAAUUCAAUGCAGGUUUGAACUUGGGCGGACGGCUUCUACAAAAGAUUCCUCAGUUAUUUGAUUUGAAUUUCUUGAUUUUUCAAAGUUGGUUUUUCUAAUCUUUUUUUCGCUUUUUUUGUCCUUGGUUAUUCUUUCUAUCUUUUAUCGUUGAAGUUGGAUGUGGAUGAAUUGAUUUGAUUGAUAACCAAUAAAGUUGGUGUUAUGGAUGUAUAAAUCCAGUUCGAUAAUAAAGAUUAUGGCUUUCUUUUGGGUGUAAAAA